UCACAUUGUAAGUAGGCUAGGUUAGGAUCAAACCGGGCCGCACUACUUACCGCUACAGCUAUUCCUGUGGUUACGCCUGAGAGGGAAGCUGAAUCAAGACAACUGCAAUGUCUUCGCCUACAUCUGUGGAUUCCUUCCGUGGAGCGGCUGCCCUGACGCUGCUGGGGCUGCUGGUCUUGCGGUGGGCUGUUGCCCUGCACCCUUACUCCGGAGAGAAGAAGCCUCCUAUGUAUGGGGAUUAUGAGGCUCAGCGCCACUGGAUGGAAGUGACACACAACCUGCCUGUAGAGGAGUGGUACUUUAACACAACUGACAAUGAUCUUAUGUACUGGGGUCUUGAUUACCCUCCACUGACUGCUUAUCACAGCAAACUUUGCGGCUUUGUUGCUUCCUUUAUUGACAAGAGUUUUGUGGCUUUAAAGACAUCUCGUGGUUUUGAGAGCUACGAACACAAGCUGUUUAUGCGAUGGACUGUGAUUCUUAGCGACCUUCUUGUUCUUAUACCAUCUGUGUGGCUUUACUUUGCAAAGAACCUUCGGUCUGCUGAUGACACAUCCUUGGUCUGGAUAUUCCUUGUUCUUUCACACCCAGGUCUACUGUUAAUUGAUCAUGGUCAUUUUCAAUAUAAUGGAGUUUCUAUAGGAUUCACUAUAGCAGCCACAGCUGCCCUCUUGAGAAAGAGAACUCUGUUAGGUUCUGUACUAUUUGUUCUUGCGCUCAGUUUUAAGCAAAUGAGUUUGUACUAUGCUCUUCCCUUUUUCUUUUACUUACUUGGAACCAGUUUAGAGGGAGGUAUUGUUAGGGGUCUACCAAAAGUGGCAACUCUAGGAAUGGUGGUAUUGGCAACUUUUAGUAUUGUUUGGCUACCGUUUGUUUCUCAGCUCUCACAACUGCAGCAAGUCUUCUGCAGACUGUUCCCAAUAGCAAGGGGAGUUUUUGAAGAUAAGGUGUCAAAUGUAUGGUGUGCCAUAAAUAUUGUCAUUAAACUUAAAAACAUGUUUUCCAACGAGGAAAUGGCUGCAGUUUGCCUGCUUUCAACACUUAUAGCUGUUCUUCCAAGUUGCUUGGAUUUAGUUUUCCGUCCCCAUCGAAACAAGUUUGUCUACGGAUUGAUAAAUUCUUCUUUAGCAUUUUUCCUUUUUUCAUUUCAAGUUCAUGAAAAGAGUAUAUUACUUGCUGCAAUUCCAGUCUCUCUCAUUGUGCCUUCAGAUCCCUUCAUGAGUAUGUGGUUUACAGCCAUCUCCUCAUUUAGCAUGCUCCCCUUAUUAUGGAAAGAUGGGUUACUUAUCCCAACAUUGGCACUAUCUCUUUUCCAUAUUGUUGCCACUACCUUAAUGGUAAAUGUGCUACAGUCACCUAUUCAGAGACCACAGAAAGCUAGUGACCAAAAUUUAUCUAAUGUUUGGUGGUGGGCUGCUUUCUUUGCAUCUAUGACAGGCUGUGUGGUGUUAACAAUUUUAAGUGUUUUUGUCAAGCCUCCAAACAAGUUACCGGACUUGUUUCCUUUACUAAUGUCGGUUUAUUCAUGUCUACACUUUGUAAUUUUUUUGCUGUAUUUUAAUUACAAACAAAUGUCUGUGAAUGGUGUCAGUCUCCAAUCCUCCAGUGAAAGCAAAAAGCAAAAGUAAAUUUUUGUGCUGUUUUCAAACAUUAGAUUGUUAUUUUUCUCUUAAAUUUAAGAUGAUGUUCCUCUUUUCUCUUGGCACAUAAAUAAGAAAUCUCAAUGGACUUUCAUAGACUUCCUGUAUUUAAAAAAAAAAUAAUAUUUGUUUAAGUGUAGCCCAAGCUUGUUGCAAGCUAAAUUCCAUUUCAAUAAUGAUAAAAUCCGACAAGCUCAAUAAAGGUCAAAAUAAA